GCAAAAAUCAAUAAUAAUUACCCCAUAAAUUAAGCAAGAACCAAAACCAAACCCCGCCCGCUGUGAUCAAUCAAUUCAGUUGAUCGAGUUGGGGUGUGGGAAAAUCCCAGGAAAACCAAAAAGAAAAAGAAAAAAAAAACAAUGGUGAAGGAAAGUGCGAGGAAGUGUUCGCACUGCGGCCACAAUGGCCACAACUCCAGGACGUGCAACGCUGCCAAGCCACCUGCCGCCGGAAUCAAGCUGUUCGGCGUCAACAUCGUCGAGAAGUUGGCUGCACCGGAACAUCAGCCGACGUUGAUGAUGAAGAAAAGCGCCAGCAUGGGGAAUCUGGACUCAUGGAUCAACGGCUCCGUUGGCCAAAAUGCGGUGGUGGAGGAGGCAGGGUAUCUGUCCGACGGAUACCUCAGUUCCAAGCGUGGCAAGGCGGCCGCUCACGAAAGGAAGAAAGGGGAAGCCAUGGACGGAGGAAGAGCACAGGGUGUUUCUGGCGGGAUUGAGAAAGCUUGGGAAAGGGGACUGGAGAGGGAUCUCCAAGAAGUUUGUGACGACCAGAACUCCGACGCAGGUUGCGAGUCAUGCACAGAAGUAUUUCCUGAGACGGUCUUCGAUCGACAAAAGGAAGAGGAGAUCCAGCCUCUUCGACAUGACCCUCGACGCUGUUUCUUCUUCCUCAUCGAUAUCACCUUCUUCACCAUCAUCCGCGGUUUUGGGGUCUCAGGAUUUGGCUCCAGUAAUCAAGACACCAAGAACGUACUCUAUCCAACAGGCAAGUGUUCCGCAAUCCGAGAACGAGAAGGUAACCGAAACCCUACUGCCAUUGCCAACGCCACCUUCAACUCGGAUUGCCAACAGCAACAACAACAACAGAUUUCCACAUCUGGGCAUAGAGAGUUAUCCCAAGUUUCAACCAGCCACAACCACCAGUGCUCGCUUUUCCAGUUUCCAUCCGGGUCCUUACAUGGACUUUCUGGCUUCCAAACCUGUUGUGCAGAACUUCAUGUGCCACCCGAGUUUGGUUUACUAUACCCCUCCAGUUUUUCCAGGUUGUUUGCCUGUCGUGGCUCACCCUUCAGGAAUACCAUGGCCAAGGUCGAGUUUUGCACACUCGCAGCAGGUUUCGUCAGCUUCGCCAAGUAAGAAGCAAGAUCCCCUGAAGCUGGAGCUGAAAGUUGGAGAGUCAUCUUCUGAGUCAGCCUCGUCACAAGGAGCAGCAGCAGCAGCAGAUAUCCCAUCUCAUACCUCUUCUUAAUGUCAGCAGACAUUGCCAUAAAAGCCUCCUC